AUGCUCCUCCUUGGAUUGUUGGCAAUUGUCGCCCCACUGGCUCUGGGAGCCCCAGAAUGCUUCCACGAAGUGAACCGUCUAAAAGAAGCCUACGCCUACAAGUUCAACAUUGCGAACAUGAACGAAAACCAAUACAUGGAAGAUCUCGAGUCGAUCAUUGAAUAUGAAUUAGAAAAAACCGACUGUUCAGACCCGAAUUACAUCGAAUAUGACCAAACUGCGGUUUUUUUGAACGCCAGAGAUAAGAAGACGUUGUUUGAGGAUAUGCUGAUUGGUGGGAACUAUCGUGCCAUGGCAUGCAAAGUGACAUAUUGUCCGCGGACUGGAAAGGAGAUCGUCAGCUAUGCGGUUCAGACAACUAUCAUUCAGCACAACCGUAAAAUCGAUGGACCACCUGCAAGCAAGUGUCAUGAAACGUGGCCAGUGCCUAAAGGUGGAUUGUGUGCUCGUGUUGAGCAGGAUACUUCGAUGAUGACUCAACGCGAACGUCAGUAG